UGCCAUCAAUCGACCCAUCGACGGUUCGAGGGAAAGAACACAAACACCCUGUCGCUGCUGCGAUGCAAAUUGGUAAUGCGGCCAAAAUCGACCUGUUACAAGCGGCAUACAAGUGGCGACAAGAGUUCGAUGCUGCGAAACAGCAAGCUGAUUUGGCCGCUCGCGAUUCCGAUCUUAGUUGGGCCAAAGAGAGGUUCUUUUUGGAGCGUGAGGAGGAGCGUAAUAGAAUGGCUAUCGCUGCGCGGAACGAUCGCAAAGCAUUUUGUGAGAAGUUAGUUCUUGAAGGGAAGACGCCCCAGGAACUUGAGGCAUAUCUUCGCCUCGUAUAUCCAGAAGAAGUGCAAGGGGUGAAAAUCUAGCACAAAUAUCUUUCCGGAAGUUAUGCCCUUUUCCGGAAGUCCUUUAACCUUUGGUUAUAUCUGUCUCUAAUCUGCCAAGUGUUCUCAUUCUUUUGUCCUUACAUUUCUCUUUCUGUUGAAACCCGAGGGUUUCACAUGUCCUUUUCAACUCAACUCAAUCUCAUAUUGUGCGGACUUUCACUGUCUGUCCUCGUUGUGCUUUUUCAGUUAUCAAAUAUUUUGUUCAGUUCAGUCUAUUAUGAUCUUGGUAUGGCCUGUUGUAUCUUGUAUCUCCACGUUAUGUCAAGUGUGUCACCUUUUGGUGGAAUGAUAUCAUUUUUUCAGUACC